GCUAGGAAUAUGAGGAGUGGAAAUCUAUCAGCAGUGACCGAGUUUAUCUUCACUGGGUUCCCCCAGCUCCAGGAUGGCAGUCUCCUGUAUUUUUUUCCUUUACUUUUCAUAUAUACUUUUAUUGUCAUUGGGAAUCUAUUGAUCUUCCUUGCUGUAAGGCUGGACACCCGUCUCCACAAUCCUAUGUAUAAUUUUAUUAGUAUCUUUUCCUUUCUGGAGAUCUGGUAUACCACAGCCACAAUUCCUAAAAUGCUCUCCAACCUCAUCAGUGAAAAGAAGGCAAUCUCCAUGACAGGCUGUCUCUUGCAGAUGUAUUUCUUCCAUUCACUGGGAAAUUCGGAGGGGAUAUUGCUCUUCACCAUGGCCAUAGACAGAUACAUUGCCAUCUGUAACCCCCUUCGCUAUCAGAUGAUCAUGACCCCCAGGCUCUGUGCUCAGCUCUCUGCAGGCUCCUGCAUCUUUGGUUUUCUCAUCUUGCUUCCUGAGAUUGUGAUUAUAUCCACACUGCCCUUCUGUGGGCCCAACCAGAUUCAUCAGAUAUUCUGCGACUUGGUUCCUGUGCUGAGCCUGGCCUGUACGGACACCUCCAUGAUUCUGAUUGAGGAUGUGAUCCAUGCUGUGGUCAUCAUCAUUACCUUUCUAAUCAUUGCCCUGUCAUAUAUAAGAAUUGUCAUUGUCAUCCUGAGAAUGCCCUCUGCUGAAGGUAGGCAGAAGGCCUUUUCUACCUGUGCAGGCCAUCUCAUGGUUUUCCUGAUAUUCUUUGGCAGCGUGUCACUUAUGUACCUGCGUUUCAAUACUACUUACCCACCAGUUUUGGACACUUGUAUUGCACUGACGUUCACUGUACUUGCCCCAUUCUUUAAUCCCAUCAUUUACAGUCUCAGAAACAAGGAUAUGAAGAAUGCAAUUAAAAAGCUCUUCUGCUUUCAAAAAGUGUUGAACACAUCUGGGAUUUAA